AGGCGCGCCACUGAAAACUCGCGAAUCACAACGCAGCGUAAUCAGAACCUUAAUUUGCGUACAGCCUCUAUAAGUACCGAGUCGCUUCCGGCAGCCUCGGACCCGCUGUUGGGUUUGCUCGCCCGCUCGUGUCUGGCGCUCGUGCUUCCCGCUAUGCCUGAGCCGGCCAAGUCCGCGCCCGCGCCCAAAAAGGGCUCGAAGAAAGCGGUCACCAAAGCCCAGAAGAAAGACGGCAAGAAGCGCAAGCGCAGCCGCAAGGAGAGCUAUUCCAUCUACGUGUACAAGGUGCUGAAGCAGGUGCACCCGGACACCGGCAUCUCGUCCAAGGCCAUGGGCAUCAUGAACUCCUUCGUCAACGACAUCUUCGAGCGCAUCGCCGGCGAGGCGUCCCGCCUGGCGCAUUACAACAAGCGCUCGACCAUCACGUCCCGGGAGAUCCAGACGGCCGUGCGCCUGCUGCUGCCCGGCGAGCUGGCCAAGCACGCCGUGUCCGAGGGCACCAAGGCCGUCACCAAGUACACCAGCUCCAAGUGAGUCCCUGCCGGGACGCGGCGCUCGCGCGGCUCGCCGCCCGCUUGACUCCAAAGGCUCUUUUCAGA